ACACAAACUCACAACGUUUCUGUGAAGCUCGCCGUCACCGUCGCCGGAACUCAUGGAUCGACCACCGUCGUUGCCACACUAUCAAAACCCUAAUCCGAACCUCUUCUACCACUAUCCUCCUCCAAAUUCUAAUCCUAAUUUCUUCUUCCGACCUCCUCCACCUCCUCUUCAAAAUCCUAACAAUUACUCCAUCGUUCCGUCUCCGCCGCCGAUUCGCGAGCUCUCCGGUACACUCUCUUCUUUAAAAUCCCUGUUGUCAGAAUGUCAAAGAACCUUAGAUUCUCUCUCGCAAAAUCUAGCUUUAGAUCACUCUUCUCUUCUCCAGAAGGACGAAAAUGGCUGUUUUGUUCGUUGCCCUUUUGAUUCAAAUCACUUUAUGCCACCUGAAGCUCUCUUUCUUCAUUCACUUCGUUGCCCAAAUACUCUUGACCUCAUUCAUCUUCUUGAAUCCUUUAGUAGUUACCGGAACACGCUCGAGUUACCAUGUGAACUACAGUUGAACAACGGUGAUGGUGAUCUCUGUAUCUCUUUAGAUGACUUGGCCGAUUUUGGGAGCAAUUUCUUCUACCGAGAUUGUCCAGGAGCUGUUAAAUUCUCUGAGCUCGAUGGAAAAAAACGAACUUUAACACUUCCUCAUGUUCUAUCUGUGGAAUGUAGCGAUUUUGUAGGUUCUGAUGAGAAGGUGAAAAAGAUUGUCUUGGAUAAAUGCUUAGGAGUCUUACCGUCUGAUCUUUGUGCAAUGAAGAAUGAGAUUGAUCAAUGGAGGGAUUUCCCAAGUUCGUAUUCCUCUAGUGUUCUUUCUUCGAUUGUGGGUUCAAAAGUGGUUGAAAUAAGUGCAUUGAGGAAAUGGAUUCUGGUUAAUUCGACGAGAUAUGGUGUUAUAAUUGAUACAUUCAUGAGGGAUCAUAUAUUCUUACUCUUUCGGUUGUGUCUCAAAUCUGCUGUGAAAGAAGCUUGUGGAUUUAGGAUGGAGUCUGAUGCUACUGAUGUUGGUGAGCAGAAGAUUAUGAGCUGCAAGAGUAGUACAUUUGAGUGUCCAGUCUUCAUUCAAGUCUUGUCUUGGUUAGCUUCUCAACUUGCUGUCUUGUAUGGAGAAGGAAAUGGGAAGUUUUUUGCUUUGGACAUGUUUAAACAGUGCAUAGUAGAAUCUGCCUCUCAGGUAAUGUUGUUCCGGUUAGAAGGAACUAGAUCUAAAUGCUCUGGAGUUGUCGAGGAUUUGGAUGAUGCAAGGUUGAGAAAUAAGGAUGUGAUCAUGGAGAAGCCCUUUGAGAAUAGUUCAGGUGGGGAAUGUGGCAAAACUUUGGACAGUCCACAGGUGAUAUCUGUGUCCCGUGUUUCAGCAGCUGUUGCAGCUUUGUAUGAAAGAUCCUUGCUUGAAGAAAAAAUAAGGGCAGUUCGAUAUGCCCAACCACUAACGAGAUAUCAGCGGGCGGCUGAGCUUGGUUUUAUGACAGCUAAAGCUGAUGAGGAACGGAAUAGACGUUGUAGCUACCGACCUAUUAUUGAUCAUGAUGGUCGUCCGAGACAACGCUCAUUAAAUCAGGAUAUGGAUAAAAUGAAGACAAGGGAAGAGCUUUUAGCUGAAGAGAGAGAUUAUAAGCGUCGUCGAAUGUCAUACCGUGGAAAGAAGGUGAAACGAACGCCUCGACAGGUCUUACAUGAUAUGAUAGAAGAAUAUACAGAAGAAAUUAAGCUAGCAGGAGGUAUUGGAUGUUUUGAGAAAGGAAUGCCAUUACAAUCCCGGUCUCCUAUAGGCAACGACCAGAAAGAAAGUGACUUUGGAUACAGUAUACCAUCAACAGAUAAGCAAUGGAAAGGAGAGAACCGUGCAGAUAUUGAAUAUCCAAUCGAUAAUAGACAAAAUUCAGAUAAAGUAAAGCGACAUGAUGAGUAUGAUUCAGGUAGCUCGCAGAGACAGCAGAGUCACAGAUCAUAUAAGCACAGUGAUCGAAGAGAUGACAAGCUCCGUGAUCGAAGAAAGGACAAGCACAAUGAUCGAAGAGAUGACGAAUUCACAAGGACCAAACGACAUAGCAUUGAAGGGGAAUCUUAUCAAAACUACAGAUCAUCUCGUGAGAAGAGUUCUUCAGAUUAUAAGACCAAAAGGGAUGAUCCUUAUGACCGCCGCAGUCAGCAACCUAGGAAUCAAAAUUUGUUUGAAGAUAGAUACAUACCAACAGAAAAAGAGUGAACUUAAAAGAAGGUAAGUCAUUUUAAAACUCUCUCUCUAUCACCGUGUGGGCUGGUCUGACUUUGAAAUGGGGUGGUUUAUUCCGAUGAUCUUGCAGUAAAAGUGUACCUGGAGCAUCAGCAAUUAUGUGUGAAUCCGUAUCCUCUUUUGUAUCCUUAACCAAAUUUUUACCUUCUCUUAUACAUCUCACUUGGUGAUACUCUCAAAUUUCCAGCUGUCUAGAUUCACUGUAGUUACCAUUCCCGUCUAGAUAUGUUUUCAGUUUCUUUUUCGUCUAUGGUUGUGACAGAUUGAAGUUAAUUGAAGUAUGUUUUUGCUGUGAACAAGCCAUGAGCCGUGAGAUUGCUGGGAAGAAAUGGUAAACUCCACAAGUGUUUGUAAUUGUGAGAGACUGCAAUGUUUUAACUUUUAAGUCUGUUGUUACUUUACAACAGAACACCAGUUCAGGUGAUGUAACCCUUACUGAUGUACCUUCUGUUAAUAUUACACACUAUUACAGUAUUACUUAUACCAACAAAAACAAACACUGUAACAAAAAGUUAAGCUUAAAAAACCCAA